AGUCGUCAAAAUCAGACGUCAAACUUUCGGCCGCACGAGUUGUGUUUUUUCCUCUCACAUGUGAAGAAGUAUUGGUUAUUAUUGUGAAAUAGUCUGAAAUUACAAAAAAGUUAAAAACGUAAAGAAAUCAUGGCGGUUCGUGUACAAUUUGAGAAUAAUAAUGAAGUGGGAGUGUUUAGUAAAUUAACCAACGCGUAUUGCCUUGUCGCAAUCGGUGGAUCUGAGAAUUUCUACAGCGUGUUCGAAGCUGAACUGGCUGAAACAGUGCCUGUGGUGCAUGCAAGCAUCGCUGGAUGCCGUAUCAUCGGACGGAUGACCGUGGCCAACCGGCACGGACUGCUCGUGCCCUCAUCCACAACAGACACAGAAUUGCAACACAUCCGAAACAGUUUACCCGAUAAUGUAAAAGUGCAGCGCGUAGAAGAACGCCUGAGUGCACUUGGAAAUGUCAUCACUUGCAACGAUUACAUAGCUUUGGUUCACCCAGACUUGGAUCGCGACACAGAGGAAAUUUUAGCAGACACAUUGAAUGUUGAAGUAUUUAGGCAAACUGUUGCAGGGAAUGUAUUGGUGGGAAGUUACGCGGCAUUGAGUAACCGCGGCGGGCUGGUGCACCCUAAAACUAGUAUACAGGAUCAAGAUGAGCUCUCUUCAUUAUUGCAAGUGCCAUUGGUUGCGGGAACUGUGAACAGAGGCAGUGACGUCAUCGGCGCCGGGUUAGUCGUUAACGAUUGGUGCGCGUUUUGUGGCAUGGACACUACGUCAACAGAAAUCUCAGUGAUAGAAAGUGUUUUCAAACUGAAUGAUGCCAAACCCACAGCAAUCACAUCAACUAUGCGGGCAUCGCUCAUUGACAGCAUGUCAUAACACUGAGCAAAUUCAAGUGGCAGUGUUGUGAUGUUUAUGUUGUUGUUUCAGACACUCCAACCCCCGGGAAUAAAAGGGCCACAUUUGAUAAAUUUGUGAACAGAUUGCACAACCACAACCAAUGAUUCUUGACCUGUGUUAAUCUAUAAGUAAAUAAAUAUAAAAAAUAAUAUCUUCAAAUGGCUUUAAAUUUAUAUAUCAAUAGUCAUCAAAUUUGCCUCCCAUAACUUUUCCCGACUCAUCCAUACAUGUACUACAUAAGAUAACUUUGCAUUUUAAGAUCAGAUGUUCCUUCGCAGACAUUUUAUCUGAAGAACCCAUACUAAGAUUGACAGACCACAAUUUGGUAAGUAUUAAUCAUUGAUUGUGGAUGGGUUUAAUAAAAAAAAAAAAAACAGGAUAAAACUUAAAGUUUAUUAUAAACAUUUUUUACAACACAAACAGUUGCCACUGCGUUGCUCUGGAAGUCCUUUUCUGCCACUGUCCAGUGCAGCUACCUCAACCCUCGUCUUUGACUUUACAAAAACCACAUAUAUCUGGUUUAACCUAUCAGCUAGUCACCAGUUACCACAACAAUUGUUUAGGUAUCUAUUGCAUCUUGUUUCUCUGUGCUUGACAUGUUAAGUACAGACAUGAUAAAGUAUUUGUAUUUGGUAAUUUAGCAGAAAAUUGGAAAAUUGUAAUCUAUCUAGGAACAAGGGGCUUACUAUCAUCUUUUAACACAAUCCACUUUGUGACCUAAACUGAUCUGCAUCUUAAAUUAAUAAUGUCUUAUGCAAUACUUUUCAGGAUCCAAAAUUUAACUGAGUAGUAUUGGAAUUGUUACAAGUUGAUGGUAGGCCCGAAGUGUGUAAAACAGAUAUGUUAGAAACAACAAUCUAAUAAGAAAAAAUAUUUUAAAACACAACAUGUAAAUACAAAUAUUACACUGGAGCAAACUAUUUAGCCAAUUAUAUUAUUACAUAAUUUCUGACAAGCAAGGUCACCAAAACAACAUGACUCAAAGAAUGAAUCAUAUUGUUUAUAUCUGAAAAGGAAUUCCCAAGAAUUUAAGCUACAACGGAAGGGUUGAGAUGCGCAGGCGGCGGCACCGUCGCCUCAUUAUUGCGCAACACAAACACAACUUACUAUAAAUACAAUUUCAUCAUAUCCUCGAAAAUUAUCUAAUUUACAACAAAUUGGAGGAUCUUUAUAAUUUAAAAAUGAAAUAAUCCAAUGAAGGUUAAAAAUAUAUAAUUAGAAACAUUUUUUUCUAUAUUUAACAACACAAUAUUGCGACAUAUUCACAUCUGCCUAUUAGCCAAUAUGUUUGGCUGAGAUUAGAUAAAAUAGUUUCGCUCGUCAUUCAUAACACAGUCUAAUAAUAAAAUAAGCAACAAUUCAGCUUUCUUAUUAUAAUAAAUGUCUAAUGAGAAUUUUUAAAAGUUUAACAGCAUAUCAAAUUAGGCACACAAACAGCUCAAACACAUUAUUAAAGGAAUUUUGAAUAAUUUGUAAUUAUAUGCUCAGAAGUGGGCAAAAGUGUCGAAACCAACUUCAUUCUUCUUUCUUUUAAUUUUAUUCCUAUACGACAUUUUAAUAGAAAAUCUAUAAGGUAGGAUAAUUUAGCCAUAAUAAAUUUUAAUUUUCAAUGGGACAUUUAGGUCAAUAUUCAAAAUGGAUGACUUGGUAAAGCUAUGUUGCAAGUAAUAAAAGCAUACAGUGAUUAUUUCGUGUAACAUUUGAAACAAGAAAUAGAGUAUCACUGCUGAGUGUGUUAGCUGUAUCAGUUAUGAGCAGUAAAGGAAGACAGCUACAACGUCACAAAACAUAUUCUGUUCAAAGAAUCAACUACAUUUAAAGUUACCCUGAAUUUGAAAUUGGGCAGGUUACAACUGAUGUUACUGUUCUCUAUUGUGCAUCCACACUUCCACACCCAUCCACACUUUGUGCAGUACUAUCACUAUUAACGUCAAUUCUGUACUUGUACACUACACUAUUAUGGCACUAAGUUUGAAGACAGAAAAUAUAAAAAUAAAAUUUAUCAUUUAUAUUAAUGUUCCUUCGGUUACAGCUUGGCUAUAGAUUGAGGUAAUUUUGGAUUCCAUAUAAACAUGUAUUAACGUGAAAAAAGUUGUGAUUUGAUUUAUUACUUUUGAAAAAAAAUUAUUAAAAUUCAUAAAGUAUGACCAAAACCAACCAAUUCAUCGAAGGAAAUAUAUCUAAUAACAAAUAUUAUUAUUUCAUACUUUUUUUAGAUUUAGUGUACAAAUCAUUCAAAUAUUAAAUUAUCUGCCCUGUCAGCUGAAGUUACAAACACACACACUAGCUCCGCUUACAGAACAAAUGACUGGUACUCAAUAUAAUAUACAGUUUAUCAUGUGCUCAUAGAAAUAACUUCAGAACAGUGCCAUUAAAAGUAUAACUUAUAAGUACAUGUUCCUAAACAAAUGUGCAAUAAUUUAUGCGAAAUUUAAAAUAAAUAUACUUUUUUAAAAGAC